AUGGACGCGCCGACGCGCGAAGCCUUCCUCGCGUGCGUCCUCGCCUUCGAGCAGCUCGAGUCUGGACUGCGGCCAUUCGUCCAGUACAUUAUUGAGGUCCCGUUCAUCGCGUCGGCACUCAGCCUUGCCGCUGCGAGUGAGCUGAGUGCGCUGCCGCAGCCGUGGGUGUGGUCGCAGCCGUACCCUUCGACCACGAAGGUCUUCCCCAAGUCGUAUGGCGCGUGGAUGAAGACCGACGCGGUCGUGCAGGGCUGGAUCCGCGUCCUCUUUGGCGGAGCCGGCACGGUCGGGCUGCAUCGCUUGGGCAAGCCGUCUCAAAUCCCGUGGCACAACGCCGACGAGCAGAAGUUCGCGGACAUCGUCGCCAACGCGGUGAAGCAGCGCGCUGCGGCGUGGGAGCUCGCCAAGAUGCUCAUCGACUCGCUCGACAGCGACCGCGCCGCGGCCAAGGCGAAGACGGGCGCCGAGGGCUUCGCCGCCGAUGGGCUGCUAAAGCUGAUUCGCUUCUGCAAGGUGUUCGAGGAGAGCGUACCGCCGCUGCACGCGGCAGGCGUCCUCGAUGUGGGCGGCCCGCUCGACGAGGCGGGCCGGGCGCGCAACCACACCUUCCACCCGAGCGGCGCGUCUAGCUUCCAGCUCACGCAGGCGGAGAAGGAGGAGCGCAUCGGGAAGCUCGAGGCGGUGCUGGGCCUGGUGGAGAGCUGGGCAGGCCUGCCGGAGGACUGCAGGAGCGCCAUCGCUGCGGCGAAGGCGCGGAUGGCGGAGAUGAAGGCGCCGGGCUACGCCACGCCAGCCGACGACCGCCGGCGCGUGUACGAGAUGUACCUGCAAACCGCGGCGCAGAUGGCGGACCUCAAGGUGGAGGCGGGCGCCGCCAAGGCGGAGCUCGAGUCCAUCGGGCAGUGCAUGCAGACGCUGUGUGCCUCGCUGCCCAAUGAUUGGGGGCGAGACAUUACUGAGGCUGCGCUCCACAGGCUCGGACUGGACCAGCUGCCGGCGCAGCUCAGCAGCGUCGAGCGUCAGGUGGCUGCGAUCACAUCGAGCACGCAGCGGCGAGACGAGUUCGCGCUGAUCGAUGCGAGGCAGCAGCGCGAGGCGGCAGCGCUCCAACUCCGCCACGCGGACGAGAAGUUGCAGCGCCUCGAGGAUCGGCCGGGAGUAGCCCUCCUCGAGGAUCACUCCGACAUUUUUGUUUCGUUGCGGCUGGGCGAGGCGCGGCGCCAGGCGCUUGAAUUGAAGGCGGCGAUCGAGGCGGAGCGGCCCGGCGUCAAGUGUUUCGUGAGCGGCAACAAUCCCAACGGAGAGUACAUCGACGAGCUGAUCUGCAACGCCCUCCACAAUUGCCGCCUCGUGAUUAUUAUGGGCUCGAGAACAUACGGCUUGCGCACCGAGAGCGCUUUCAGCACGUUUCAGGAGCUGCAGUGGAUCCUCCAGACGCGGAAGCCCCUGUUCCUGGUCAAGAUGUGCGAGGGGCCGUUCGAGGUGAGCACGACGCAGGUCAAGCUCGGAAGCAACAUCAAGUUUCGGUUGUGGCUGCCGGGCACGGCGAUGCCGGAAGGCCUCGUCAACGAGGGGCAGGGGGUGCUGGUAGCCAUGGACGCAGAUCGGGCUCAGGUGGCCGCCGCCUUACUAUCACAGCAGCAGCACCUCGUUGCACAGCAGCUGGCGGGCGUGGCCGGCCACGUGCGGCUCGAGGAUCUCGGCAGCGCCAUCCCUACGGCCCGGCGGCUGAGCAUGCAGCCGCUCCUUGAGGCUUUGCUCAGCAUCGGCGGCGGCGGCGCAGGCGCGACGCUGCCUGUGGCGAGCUCGUCCGCCGGGCCGCCCUCCUCCUCCUCGCAAAGCGGCGGCAGCACGGCCUCCUCCGUCAUGACCAUCACUAUGGAGGGAAGCUUGUCUGGGCCGCCGCCCUUCGACUGCCAGAAGUUUAAGGAGAGGCUCGCCAGCAAGCUCGACAUGACGACAGAGCAGCUCAAGCUGAGGACGGUGAGCCGCGGGGGGAGGCGAAAUCACGAGGUGCAGACGAGCCCGGGCUUGAGCAUCCGCGUUGAGGUCGACGAGGAGGGCUAUCUCACCUACGAGUCGAGCGGCUACUCCUCGGAGGACGGCAGCGAGGCCUCCGAUUUGUCCGCGGCCGAAACAGACAUUCAAUCGGCGGUCAGGUUGGCCCUCAGGCCACAGCGCCGCAUCACCCCUGACGCGAUCGAGGUGCUCUGGACCAAGGAGGGCUCCAUCAUCGUCUGCGUCAAGCUCGACCUGCCGUACGCGCUCAAGCUGAUGGACCUCUACUUGCGCGGCGACUCGAGCUUGAAGGACGAGCUGCGCGUCGUCGGAGUGGGCUUGGUGACGGCGUCGCCUGACGGCGCCGCUAUGCAGCCGGAGGAGUCGUCGAUGCGACAGUUCGACGAGCGUGCAAUGCCGCCGGCGCGAGCCGCCGCGCCCUCCCUGCCGCCGUGCUCGGACUGCGGCGCGAAGAGCGACUUCGACCUCGAGCUUGGCAAGGCGACCUCCCGCUGCGGCAUGGUCAUGCCGUAUCGGCCCGCCCCAGCCCGGCAGGCGGCAAAGAAGUCGCCGACGCGCAUCCAGAAAUGGUACGCGGAGAUGUCGCGGCGGCUCGGCGGCUUGCCCUCCUUUGUGGUCAAGGACGCCUCGCGGAUGUACCACGCGUGCCUUCUCAAGGACAAGGAGCGGCAGGGCUGCAAGGACCUCGACCUCGCCCUCGCGGCGCUCGACCGCGCGAUGUGCAAGAUCGGCAUCCUGCGCUCGCGGCCGGACCUGCUCGCGUCGACGGCGCAGCGGGUCGACGGCGACGGGCUGACCGCGGGCAAGCUGCUGGUCGACUCCAAGGCCAAGGAGCCGCUCCCCUCCGAGUCGCCCACGCUCGAGAAGUUUGUAGUGCUGCUCUGCAAAGAGCUCAACCUGCGCGGCCAGUGGGCAAAGAUGGCGGCGGCCGUGGCCGCGCAGGCGGACGCGCUCGGCGCGGGUCGCGACACGCCGCCCCUGACGCUCGCCGCGACGGUGUGCGUCCUCGUCGUCGAGCGCCACCCGCCGAAGGAGGCGCCGGUUGGAGUAGAGGAGGCGUGGUCCAUCCCUCCGGUAGGCCUGGAGGAGAAGGACCUGCUCGAGACGUACCAGAUGCAGCUGCUGCCGCACCUGCAGGCGCUGCUCGACGCCUCGCAAGAGGCCAUCCUCCCGACGGCGCCGCCCGCCCUCGGCUUGGGCGGGGGGCUGAGCAGCGGGCUCGCCGACCCCCGGAUACCCGCACUACUCGCUUCUGCGGGGAUGCUGGCCGCUUGCAAGUUCCUGAACCUGGACAAGAAAGGCCAUAAGUCUGACCUGGCGGCGAGGCUGGAGGAGUGGUACGAGCGCGAGGCUGCCCCUAAGCGGAAGAAGCAGAAGACGGACGGGGGUUUGGCGGCCAGCGGCCCGGGCACAAGCAGCGGAAUUCCUACAGCAGCUCCGACGCCUCAGUCCGUCCUCGGGGGGCUGCUGCCUCCCGGAGCCACUCACGGCCCGCUGGUGGGCAGCAGCGACGCCAGCGCCGGCCCCGAGGCUAGCGAGGUUGAGCGAGGCGUAGGCGCUGUCGUCGAGGUGAUGCCCGUCGAGGAGUCGUUCCGAGGGUCCCGGUACGAGGCGGUCGUGCUCGAGACGGACGGCGGGCGCACAAAGAUCCGCUUCACCUCCUUCACCGAGGAGGAGGCGGAGUGGGCGGCCAAGCUGCGGGUCGGCUCACUCGUCGAGAUGUACGCGGACGGCGGCUGGUGGGACGUGCUGGUCGGCGAGAUGUCGACGGCACGGCUCACUCGCGAGGUGUCGUACUUGUGCCGCUCCCCAAACUCCGGCGACGAGCACGAGGUGACCGCCUCGUACUUGAGGCCGCGGUGGGAGUGGCGCCGUCGCCAGCUCGCAAGCGCCGUCUACUCGCUGCUCACGACCGUGCAGCCGCCGCCCGUCGCGGACGUGACCUACAUCAGCGUGGCCGUCGUCGCGCCGCGGGCGAUGCAGAAGGGCGAGACGCUGCGCUGCGCGCUGCCCAACGGGUCUUUCUUCCAGCUCCCCAUCUCGGGCAACAUCGCCGCGGGCACGCCGCUCGGCUGCAAGGUUCCGCAAAAGGCCCCGCCGCCGCAGCCAGUGCGGUUCCUCAUCGUCCCGCCGGGCAUGGGCUACGGCGCCAAGGUGACCGCCCUCUCGCCGAACGGGCACGUCGCUCACGUUGGCGUGCCGCUGGCGCCUCCGCCCCCGGGGUCGCGGAUGGCGGUGCCGGUCCCGCAGGAGCAGGCGGCGCGCUUCGAGGGCCCGACGGCGUACGAGCGGCUGCAGCAGCAGCGGCGUUCGGCCGGCCAGCUCAUCUCGCGCAAGGCGCGCAACCACGAGAAGGCGGCGAAGGCAUCGGAGGACGGCGGCGAGGCGCAGAUGCAGGCGCAGCAGGCGCAGCAGGUGACGUGCGCGCCUGCUGUCGUCGAUGAGGAGGUACGCUCCCCGACACGGGAUGUUGCAGCGCUCGCGCCAGCGGCGGCCUCGGUCAUGAGCGGAAGCGGCAGCGGCGCGGCGCAGCUCGAAGGAGUCGAUCAAGUGGUGGGCCACGAGGUGGGGACGGGGCUCGGGAAGCUCAGGAACAGGACGAUCUAUCGCGACCCCGCCGACGGUCGCUUCAAGAUCUUCUCGGAAGGCAAUGAGACGGUGCUGCACAACAAGCACACUUGGACGCGCUCGAUCCACCCGGCGUUUGCUGCUGGCCUUGGCGAGUUGCCUCCUGGCAUCUCACCCUCGGAUGCGUCAGCCGACCUCUACGCCGAGGACGCCCUGAGCGGUGGACAGCCGCCACCGCCCACCGGCAGCGGCGGGUGCGGCGUCCACGGCGAGGUCGGACGCCGAUCCGAUGUGCGAUAA